UCUCGUCCUGUGAAUCAAGAUAAGUGAUAUCAGCGCGUUUAGAUAUACAUAUAGGUGGGGGUCCGGGGCGCUCUCGCCUCACUCUCCCGCCUCUACUCUUCCUCCCUGGCCCGGGUUUGUGAGCGUGAAGAUGCCCAUCUACCUGGGCACGCUGCAGGUGCCUGUGGCCGGCCCGGACCACCCCGUCCUUCACCUGUUCGACUACAGCCUCACCAACCACCUCCAGGCCGCCGGAUCCAGCAACAGAAAACAGCUGGUAGCGGUAGACUCCUGCAUCUACGUUCACCGUCGUAGCCUGGCCAGUUUGAAAGCAGGAGAGAACUGUGCGUCAUGGGGCCGCGUUGGAAAGGGCGGAGCCAGAACGUCUGAGAGCGAAUCAAAGUCCUCAAGGGGCGGAGCCAGAACGUCUGAGAGCGAAUCAAAGUCCUCAAGGGGCGGAGCCAGAACGUCUGAGAGCGAAUCAAAGUCCUCAAGGGGCGGAGCCAGAACGUCUGAGAGCGAAUCAAAGUCCUCAAGGGGCGGAGCCAGAACAUCUGAGAGCGAAUCAAAGUCCUCGAGGGGGAAACCCAGAACGUCUGAGAGCGAAUCAAAUCCCUCAAGGGGCGGAGCCAAAACGUCUGAGAGCGAAUCAAAGUCCUCAAGGGGCGGAGCCAGAAAGUCUGAGAGCGAAUCAAAGUCCUCAAGGGGGAGAACCAGAACGUCUGAGAGCGAAUCAAAGCCCUCAAGGGGCGGAGCCAAAACGUCUGAGAGCGAAUCAAAGCCCUCAAGGGGCGGAGCCAAGACGUCUGAGAGCGAAUCAAAGACCUCAAGGGGGAAAGCCAGAACGUCUGAGAGCGAAUCAAAGCCCUCAAGGGGCGGAGCCAAGACGUCUGAGAGUGAAUCAAAGUCCUCAAGGGGCGGGGCCAGAACGUCUGAGAGCGAAUCAAAUCCCUCAAGGGGCGGGGCCAGAAGGUCUGAGAGCGAAUCAAAGUCCUCAAGGGGCGGAGCCAGAACGUCUGAGAGCGAAUCAAAGUCCUCAAGGGGCGGAGCCAGAACGUCUGAGAGCGAUUCUAAGUCCUCAAGGGGCGGAGCAAGAACGUCUGAGAGCGAAUCAAAGCCCUCAAGGGGCGGAGCCAGAACGUCUGAAAGCGAAUCAAAGGCUUCAAGGGGCGGAGCAAGAACGUCUGAGAGCGAAUCCAAGCCCUCAAGGGGCGGAGCGAGAAAGUCAGAGAGCGAAUCAAAGCCCUCAAGGGGCGGCGCCAGAACGUCAGAGAGCGAAUCAAAGCCCUCAAGGGGCGGAGCCAAAACGUCUGAGAGCGAAUCAAAGCCCUCAAGGGGCGGAGCCAGAAAGUCAGAGAGCGAAUCAAAGCCCUCAAGGGGCGGAGCCAAAACGUCUGAGAGCGAAUCAAAGCCCUCAAGGGGCGGAGCCAAAACGUCAGAGAGCGAAUCAAAGCCCUCAAGGGGCGGAGCCAGAAAAUCAGAGAGCGAAUCAAAGCCCUCAAGGGGCGGAGCCAGAAAAUCAGAGAGCGAAUCAAAGCCCUCAGGGGACGGAGCGAAAACGUCUGAGAAUAAAUCUAAAUACUCCAAAAUGAGGAGCAGAGCAAAAAAGAGUGAAUCAAAAGGUGGUACCAGUACAGCAGACACUGGAGUGCAGGUACCUGAAGAUGGUACCAGUACUCCAGACACUGGAGUGCAGGUACCUGAAGAUGGGACCAGUACUCCAGACACUGGAGUGCAAGUACCUGAAGAUGGUACCAGUACUCCAGACACUGGAGUGCAGGUACCUGAAGAUGAGACCAGUACUCCAGACACUGGAGUGCAGGUACCUGAAGAUGGUACCAGUACACCAGACACUGGAGUGCAAGUACCUGAAGAUGGUACCAGUACACCAGACACUGGAGUGCAAGUACCUGAAGAUGGUACCAGUACUCCUGACACUGGAGUGCAGGUACCUGAAGAUGAGACCAGUACUCCAGACACUGGAGUGCAAGUACCUGAAGAUGGGACCAGUACUCCAGACACUGGAGUGGAAGUACCUGAAGAUGGGACCAGUACUCCAGACACUGGAGUGCAGGUACCUGAAGAUGAUACCAGUACUCCAGACACUGGAGUGCAGGUACCUGAAGAUGGGACCAGUACACCAGACACUGGAGUGCAGGUACCUGAAGAUGGGACAAGUACUCCAGACACUGGAGUGCAGGUACCUGAAGAUGAAACCAGUACACCAGACAUUGGAGUGCAGGUACCUGAAGAUGGUACCAGUACACCAGACACUGGAGUGCAGGUACCUGAAGAUGGGACCAGUACACCAGACACUGGAGUGCAGGUACCAGCAGAUGAGACCAGUACUCCAGACACUGGAGUGCAGGUACCUGAAGAUGGGACCAGUACACCAGACACUGGAGUGCAGGUACCUGAAGAUGGGACCAGUACACCAGACACUGGAGUGCAGGUACCAGCAGAUGAGACCAGUACACCAGACACUGGAGUGCAAGUACCUGAAGAUGGUACCAGUACACCAGACACUGGAGUGCAAGUACCUGAAGAUGGUACCAGUACUCCUGACACUGGAGUGCAGGUACCUGAAGAUGAGACCAGUACUCCAGACACUGGAGUGCAGGUACCUGAAGAUGGGACCAGUACUCCAGAAACUGGAGUGCAGGUACCUACAGAUGGGACCAGUACUCCAGAAACUGGAGUGCAGGUACCUGAAGAUGGGAACAUCCCCCAGCAGGAGAGAGCCAGCGCAGCAUCUACUGAGGAAGAUCACCAGACAAGGAAGCUGGAGGCGCCGCACGAGGCUCUGGACCUCCUGAGUGAGAGUGUGGCCGCCCCCAGCACUGUCCUGGAGGCAACCUCGAGCCCGAGCCGUGGCCGCUCCCUGGAAGACAGAGUGGAAUAUACCCUCAAGGCUGGACAGGAGUUCGAUGGCUACGUCCUCAAGUGCCCGAAUAGUCCCUAUGAUUAUGCACUCAAGUUGUGGGACGUAGGCAGGACGGCGCCGACGGAGGAGACGUACCCCCUGGAGGGACAGGAGGUGCCGGGGCUGGUGGUGGACAGGAGCGGACAGUACCUGACGGUGGCGUGUGGAGCAAACAUCGCCUACGCUACGAGAGACAGCUUCCUGACGGCCGGUGUUGAUCCCGACGACCUGUCCCUACCGUACGGAGGGCUGCGGGUGUUGCUGACGCGGUCCCCGGCCCGCCCCCUGGAGGUGCCCGCUGCAGCUUGGCUCGCCACUCCCGCGAAGGUGAGGUCCAGGCAGUGAGUCCAGAGACCGGGCCUCGGGUACGGUGGAGCUGACUCUCCCCAAUCUCUCUCUCUUCCACCCCUCUCCAGCCCUUCCCCUCUCUUCCACCCCUUUCCAAUCGGUUGUUACUUUUUCCCCCCUUUCCCUUGUCCUCUUUCUCUCGGACAUCCCGUUUUUUUUUUGUCAAAUAUUUUGUAAUAAGAAACUGAGAAAAAAAUAUUCGUUGUUGUUGUUUACUGUUGACUGUGUUGACCCAGACGGCAGCGUCUGAUAGUUCCGGGUUGUUGUUGUUGUUGUUGAAGGCUUGCAAGUGUGCAACGGGAUGAUAGUAUGGGUCUGCAACACACACAUUGUUGCCCAAGCUGAUAUAUAUAUGAAGAAAAUUUCA